AUGGCGGAAGAACUUCCAAAAUUCGAUGUCGUUGUUGUCGGAUCCUGCAUGACUGACCUCGUGAGGUUGGCAUAAGCAACGAGACAAACAUUUUCCUUUAUUUUGAUGCGAAACCUUUCUGUCUAAAGAUGUUGUUUUUCUUCACAUCUCCAGCUAUGUUCCACGUCUCCCCAGACCGGGUGAAACCAUUCAUGGAACGAAAUUCUCAAUGGGAUUUGGUGGCAAAGGGGCUAACCAGUGCGUAAUGGCUGCAAGACUUGGGGCUAAAACCGCUAUGGUUGCUAAAGUAAGUAAGCUUGUCAAGGACAGCGAGGUAUUUGUUUGUUCCACAACAGUCAAGGUAGUAGCAUGUGGAAGACUGCAGGAGGUGUGAAUUAAACACAGUAACUUUGCCGGGCGACUCGAACGUCUAAAUUAAGCUUAAAUCUGCCAUAAUAUUGUGCUUAGUAUCGCUGAUAUCGGUUUUUUUUAUAGUGAUUUUGUUUUCCUCGAUAAAUACGUGUCUGAAGAUAUAAUCGCUUUAUUUUAUUGAACAUUUAAAAAAAAAUUGGAAGCUUCGAUGGGUUUUGACCUUUGAAUCAGUUAUGUAUUAAAGCUUAUACUAGGUCGAACAAUAUGAAACGGUCCACAUACUUCAACAGGAAAAAGAAAUUGUAAAGCUCAUUUUCAAUGUUGACACGGAUGUGGUUAUUUGCAGGAAAAGAAUGGACUGAAAAAAUUAAAUGCGGCAAGCGUAAACAUAUUUCAUUCUUGGUUUCAUUUUGCCGUCGAUUGCAAAUCUGAUAAAAUUUUACUUUUGUGGAAAUUUAAGUGAGCGAAGUAACUUCUUAUGUGAACAAUUUUAAUGUUUGCUACUUCACUUGUGUCCAGACACUGAAGUGAUCUUCAAAUAUUGAGGCUCAAGUGUAGCAAAAUUGUGAGAAAAUCGGAUUCUCGUUUUCGGUUUGUAAUAUUUUGCAUAAACUUAUGCUGAACAAAGUAAAUCUCUUUAUCACAAAGAUUCCUUUUUAAACGUUUUUGUUUUCUAAUAAAGCUGUUCAGGUUAUUGCCAUUUGGAUUUAAUUAUUUCCCAAAGGUGCUGUUAAUUUUUAAAUCUGUUUUAAUUAGUUUAUUCAAAUGCUAAUUUCUGUUUUUGAAAACAGCUGUUAUUUGAAUAUACCUUGAUACAGAUGUAAAAUGCGUUGUACAUUUUCUAUACACAGAUUUCAUGUUCAACAUAUUAACAGUCAUGACUUUUGUCUUUUGUGGAAUGCCAUGAAAUAGACAAUACAGUUAACAGUUAAAAGACAAUGAUACAUUUCUUCCCUUCAUAGACAGGUUUUUAUUUGAGUCAGUGAAAUUAUAGAUAAUGAUGUCUGCUUUCAUUAAUGUAAAUUUCCUUACAUGUUGUGGUUCACUUGGUCAUUGCAAGUCAAUUUCCCGCGUUUGUUUUACACCUAGAAUUGAACACUGUUCGAACCACAGGUGUCACAAGCUCAAAAUGCAUUAUUUUUUAUAGUGGGUCAGUCUAGCCUGCGCAACAGAUGGCAUUUAACUCUGGUAAGUCCAUCUGCAAAACAGAGCUGAAAUCUUUGUUCUGGGUCCCCACCUGUGUAUCAGAAUUUGAGUAUGCGCCAUGAUUGGCCUGUAAACCAACUGCCUUGCUUAAGUGGAAGGUGGGUGUCUGGGAUACCUAGGGGCUUCCACUGUGGCCAGCCAUCUGCUGGAUAGCAUACUGCCCCCAUGGCUGGCAAAUCCCCUCAACCCAGCCACAAGCCCCCAUUCCAGGCACCCGUCACACUGAUGAAACAGUGGAAAGAAGAAAAAUAAGGGAUGGGAGGGGGGGAAGACGCUAAAUGAACCACUCCUCAGACCAUUGCACAAACGCUCAAUGAAGAACUUGCAGAUCCUAGCAAUGUACAAAGCUAGCACGUACCAUGUGAGCCUGCACUUAUGGGAUUGACCGCUGGAUGCCCGCUAAGCAUGUGGACCGCUUGACUGCUAAGCUGGUGGUGGUUAACGUAGUUAAAUUACAUUUCACCAAAUUUAAAAAAGCCUUUGUGGAUUUGUCAGCCAGGUUGAAAGGAAAUUCAAAAAGUACUUCCUCUUAUUUGUUGAGACUGUAUUGGGCCUAGAACAAGGAUCUCAUGGGUGCUGCUUUGCAGAUCGCUACAAACCAGGGGUCGAUAAAUAAAUUCUGUGAUGCAGGCUAGGGUCAGUCGAGCAGUAGUUCAAUAUAAGGAUUAAUAAUAAUUAUGGGAAAAAUCGACAUGGUUGUGUAACUCAAUUUAAAUGAGUACUGAAUUAAACAUUUCCUCCUUUGUGGUUUUUUGGUCCAUUUUUGGUCAUUUAAGUAGUUUUCUAUUUAAUAGUGGAAUAUGUGGAACAAAAUGCUGAUUGUAAAACUACUAAUUGACCAGGAAAUUACACAUUUGCUGGCCUGCAUUGCAUGAAUUUUCUUCAGGUGUGCAACUGUUUUUUCUUGUAUAACUUCCUUGUUGAAUUUAAGUUGACAUGUGUAUUUCCUUGCAUUGCAUUUUACAUGUGAACCACACCUUAUUUGUACCGCAGGAACAUCUACCUAUCCUGGACAAUCUGACUGGACUCUUUUCAAUCCCUGAUUGAGUCGGGGAAAAAAGGGUUUUAAAUUUGUCAAGCUUAUCUACACUGUAAAUACCAUUAUUCAACUUUAUUUGACGUGUUUAAAUGUUUGCCUGAGAAAAUAGCUUACAUUUCAUGACGCAACAACUGGUUUCCAUGUGAAAUUACAUCUGACAAAUGAGCACAGAAAUUCCACACUGAUGAUGCCUCAUUACUACGUGGGUAUUGCUUCUGAUUGGCUGAAACAAAUUUCCCCUCAUGGCACGACCAAUCAGAAGCUCUACUCAGAUCUGGGUAGUGACGCAUCAUCAGUAUGGAACUUCUGUGGUCGUGACAGUCAUAGACGUCAUUUCAUGGGAAACCAAUGGUGGCAUCACAGAAUGUUGGCUGUUUUCUCAGACUAUUUAAAUGGCAGUAAUUAUAUCUUUUAGGUAGGUAAUGAUUGCUUUGGAGAGCGAUGCAUUGAAAAUUUGAAACAAAAUGGAGUUAACACAGGUAUGAGCUACAUUGUACAGUUGAGCCUUUCUAAUGAUUGAUACAGUUGUUAUUUUUAUUGCCCAUGAUAAAAAUGGGGCAUUUAUUAACACCAUUUAAUCCGAAGUUGGGCACUGGCAUCUUCGUAAAUCUCAUGGCCUUCUGUAGUCUGGUGUGGGUGGGGGAGGGGGUUGUAUUGGAUUUAGGGGAUUGGUGCUCCUGUCAAAACGUCUGGGGACAAAUCAAGUGUUCAAUCUGUGCAGCCUGUACAGAUAUCCGUAGAGAACUUUAUAACACAGUUGUUAAUAUAAGUCUAAUCUUUCACUGUUGAGUGUUUAAUGCCAUAUUAGUUGAUUCAACAACAACAAAGCUAAAAUGGUAUUACCAUUUUUUUGACAAUGAGCACUCUCUGCCACUAUCAAGCUAUUCAAGGUGGGAAGUGCAUGCAAGUAUAGUUCAGAUCAAAGCUUAUGGCAAGUUUACAGCAGUGUUCAUUGAAAGAGAGGGCAUUGCUUAAGCAGUGCAUGGUGGCCCCUGGCACCUAGCUUUUCCUUCUGGACAACUAGAAAAUCUUAGGGUCAGUUAUUUAAACGAAGUCUAACUUAGGCUGCCGUUUAAGAAAUCAUUGGACCUCCAGGUCUUCUUCUUAAGGGGUUAAUUUAAGAAAGUAAGUCUGCACUUUAUUUUUUAUUCAAAUUGUUCAUGAAAAAUGGUGUUUAGAUAAAAGCGCUGGGUAAACUGAAAAUGGCUUAGAAUGAAGUUUUGUUAAACACCGGCUAAACUCUUUUUAAAUAAUUGGUCCUCAGUGUUUUCAUAGACAUCAUAUGCUGGGCACACUGGAUUUCACAGGUUCACAACACUGGGCUUCCUUCAAUUCUUGUUAGAGUGCAACCUUAGCUUGUGGGAAGUAGCUUAAAAAAGUCCCCUGCCUGAAAGCCAAAUUAAAUGAAACCAAGUAAAUACAAAUUGAAUCAGCUGAUUUGCUUAUUUUCAGCAUUUUUAGUUUUGGAUGUGCAUGGUUGAAUCGUGUCUUCUUGGUUGAUGUUUUGUAGAUUAUGUGAGCGCGACAUCUGAGGCAUCUACAGGAGUUGCUCCAAUUGCAGUCAAUGCAAAUGGUAACUACUUUGUAAUAAUAAUAUUAUUAUUAGUGUGACUAGUUUGAUGCUUUUGCAAUGUAAAUGACAUUAUUUUGUGGAAUGCAUUUGGUGAUUCCAGGACUACAAGACCAUCAUUAAGAGUUACCAUACAUUGUACUAAGUCUCCAUUUCUUAAGCCUACCCUUAAGGUGAAAUUAGCCUAAAUUUACUUGCAAUUUAUUGUGGACAUGAUGGAGACUGAGCUAGUAACCUCAAUACCAAGAGUCUAGCUAUUAUGGGGAGGUUUGUUUCACCCAAAAAUCGAAACUUCAUAACUGCUUGUAGAGAGUUCUGAUAUUGUUACUGGAUGUCCUUUACUUGCAUGUGAAAUGUCUCUUGUUAGAAAAAAGCGGGCAUCACUGAAUCAUCUAGACCAUAGCUAAUUUAAGUGGAAUGGUUGGGAAACCCUUCGUUAUGGGUUUUUGUUAGCUGUUUUGGACCUGAUUGUGCACAACGUUCAAUAACAUUCCUAUCAUUUUGAACUUACCGACCAAUAGAAACAUUGCAUUAAAUUAUUCAGUCAUAAUUUGUGAACAGAAAACAAAGGAUUAUGCACGGUCAGGGAGCUUCCAAUGUAAACUACAGCACCAUUGUUUUCAACUUUGAUGUUUUACGGGUUUCCCAACCAGUCUCCUCUACUAACUAUGUCUAGACUGCUUGAGAAGUGAAUUACCCUUAACCCUUUAAGCCCUAGUAUCCACAUACAAAUUCUCCAAACUAAUCUCCAAACAUUUCCUGAAAGAAUUAGUUGAGAGAAUGUGAUAAUAGAUCAAGGCAUUUUCUCUCGGGUGAUCAUUUUAUUAAUUCUCA